AUGUUGUCUACAGCGAAAGUUGUCGUGGCAAGUCUUGCUCUAGCCGGCGGCACUCUGGCUAAUGCGUGCAAGUGUACUCCUACGGAUACUUGCUGGCCGUCAUUGUCAGAAUGGGAAUCUUUCAAUCAGACCAUCUCCGGCAAACUCAUUCGCACCGUUCCGCUCGCCUCCGUCUGCUACAAGUCCGAGCCGAACUACAACGAAGACUCCUGCAAUACCGUUCUUUCCAACUGGACAACCUGGGCGCUCCACUCCUCGGAUCCAGCGAGUGUGCCCUCCUCGCCUUCUCUGAAAGGUUGCGAGCCGAUCUAUCCCAACGGAACCAGCAUCAACGGGGAUCCUGAUGCCGGUAGCAAGGGCUGUUCUUUGGGUGCUCUGUCUCUUUACGUUGUCAAUGCAAGCGACUCUGGUGACAUUCAGAGGACACUUGCAUUCGCAAAAGAUCGUAACCUCAGGCUGGCUAUCAAGAACACGGGGCACAAUGGCUCUGGCAGGAACCUAGGAGUCGGAAACUUGUCGAUUUGGACGCACAACAUGAAGCAGACCCAAUUUCAUAAGCAAUUCAAGUCUCCCUCCUGCCCCGCGAACUCUACGUGGAAAGGUAGCCAAAUGGCUAUAACUAUUGGAGCCGGCGUCCAAGACGGCGAGCUUUACGAUUUUGCACAGAAGAACAACGUGGUGGCUGUGGGCGGCUCGAACAUGGACGUUGGUGUUGUCGGAUGGGCUACCGGAGGAGGACAUGGCCAUCUGACUGGAGAGUACGGCAUGGGCGCAGACAGCAUUCUCGAAGCCUCAGUCGUCAUCCCCAAUGGUGAUUUGGUCACAGUCAACGCGUGCCAGAAUGAGGACAUCUACUGGGCGAUUCGUGGAGGCGGAGGUGGCACCUUCGGCGUCAUCGUCAACAUGACAGUCAAGGCAUACCCUGUGCCAGAUAUGAUCCUGCUUGGCCUCAAUGUGUCCGCUAACAAUGGUACAUCAACUAAGAGUUGGUGGAAGUUCGUGGCAAAGCUGCAUACUCUGCUCCCUGCACUUCAAGACCGAGGAAUCAAGGGUUACUACACCAUCGGAGGCCCCCCUUCGAGCGCGACAGUUGGCAUGGCCGGCUCACUCUUUGCUUGGAAUAUGUCAAACAACACUGUUGCAAAAGCAGUCGCUCCCAUUCGAGAACUCAUCUCGAAUGCGAGCGGUGUUGUGAGCGGCUCUGUUCAGGUCGUCCCGAUCUCAUCCUUCUACGGCCUUCUUACCGACAUCAAGAUUCCCGAUCACGCUGGGGGGUCUGGGAUUUCUGCCGCAAGACUCAUCAGUCGGAAGGUUGUCACCUAA